AAUCCAUUCAAAAUGUAAAGUGCUUACAGAUAAUUAUGCAGUAAAGACCUCACUCACAUACACAAGCAGAAAUGGAAGCUCUCAAUGCUUCCUUUGUCCCUUCACCUCACAUUCCAGCAACACCAGCUCAAGUACUCCGCAAAUCCCAGUUCUUGCAUUUUCAGUUCAGUUCAGUACCCAGUUCAAUUGUUCAAUCAUAUGACAGAAACAAGUCAAGCUCCAAGAUCCUUACUACCUUGUCCUCAUCUGUUUCAACCGAUACCUUAGACCCAACCGAGCCAGCACUUGAAACCGAUAGCCAGCAAGAGACGUUUGAUUGGUAUGCACAAUGGUAUCCAGUAAUGCCGGUUUGUGACUUGGAUAAGAGAGUGCCACAUGCAAAGAAGGUGAUGGGACUUGAUUUAGUGGUGUGGUGGGACAGGAAUGAGAAUGAAUGGAAGGUCUUUGAUGAUACUUGUCCUCAUAGAUUGGCACCAUUGUCUGAAGGAAGAAUUGAUCAGUGGGGGAGGUUGCAGUGUGUGUACCAUGGCUGGUGUUUCAAUGGCUCUGGUGAUUGCAAACUUAUUCCUCAGGCACCCCCAGAUGGUCCUCCGGUUCACACAUUCAAGAAAGCUUGUGUAGCUGCAUAUCCAACUACUGUGCAGAAUGACAUUGUUUGGUUUUGGCCAAAUUCUAGUCCUGAAUACAAAGAUAUCCUUUCCAGUAAGAAGCCCCCUUACAUUGCAGAGUUGGAUGACCCAUCGUAUAUCAAAACAAUGGGAAACAGAGAAUUUCCUUUUGGGUAUGAAAUCUUGAUUGAAAAUCUAGUAGACCCAGCUCAUGUUCCAUAUGCACAUUUUAAGCUGCUGCCAGGUCCACCAGCUAAGAACAGAGUCAAGCUCGAUAGAGAAGGUGGCGCGCCGAUUGAUAUAACCAUAAACAAGUUAGAUAAAGAAGGUUUUCAUGCCAGCAGAUUUGGUGGAAUUACUAAUUUUAUGGCACCUUGUGUAUAUAAAUCUGCUUUCAGUCUGCCGCCGAAGAAAGGUAAUGAACCACAGAGAAGAGGGCUGCUUCUUUUUUUCUGUGUUCCAGUUGGUCCUGGUAAGAGCAGAUUAAUAUACACAUUCCCAAGAAAUUUUGGAGUGUGGAUGGACCGGAUUAUGCCAAGAUGGGUGUUUCAUUUGUCGCAAAAUCGGAUUCUAGAUUCCGAUUUGUAUCUUCUCCACUUAGAGGAGCGUAGGAUAAUGGAAGCUGGCCCUACCAACUGGCAAAAGGCCUGUUUUGUGCCAACAAAGUCAGAUGCUCAAGUUGUUGCUUUCAGAAGGUGGUUAAAGACGUACUCAGGUGGUCAGAUUAACUGGGGAGGCAAGUUCAGCGGAGCACUCCCUCCAACUCCUCCGAAAGAACAACUAAUGGACAGGUACAGGUCACAUGUAGUGAAUUGCAGCAGCUGCAGCCUUGCAUACAAGAGUCUUAAUGCACUUGAGGUUGCGCUGCAGGUGAUCUCCUUUGGUUCAAUCGGUGCUGUUGCAGCAACCAAGCAGCAUGCAAUGUCAGCAGCCGCGAGAACUUCGCUUGUAUUAAUGGCAAUCCUGUGUUUUGCAGCUUCAAGAUGGUUGGCUCACUUCAUUUACAAGAAUUUUCAUUUUCAUGACUACAAUCAUGCCCUUCUUUAAUUUUAUUGUUUUGAACAUCAAUUUCGUGGUGUUGGAAACACCAUAUUGCAUUGUAUACGAGAAAACUUACAGAGUCUUUGUGAAAAAAUUAUAUAGGGAGCGAGCAAACUUGGAGAGCUUGCUAGACAGUAUAUUUACUUGUUUGUUGAAUGAUAUUAUUAGUGUGCUUGUGGUGCA